AUGAACUCUGCCCCCGCCAAGCGCCGCGGAGGAGCCGCUUCCCCGAGGGCGUCGCCCGCUUCCUUCUUCCUCCUUCGGACGCUGCGUCCUCUCCGGCUCUGCCGCCGGGCGAGACUUUCCUCUAGGCAGGGGCGCCAUGACGACCCCCGAAGACCCCUGGGCGAAGGAGCCCCUGGAGGAAGGAGGCGAGAAGCUGAAGGCGAAAGAGGCCGGCAGGUCCACCGAGAAGAAGGGGGGGAGGGAGGAAGGGGAGAGGGAGGAGGACCCCCUCCUCAAGUUCCAGUGGCCCCGAUGGCUCAAGGGCGGUGGGCGCCAGAAGGAGCCCCUGGAGGAAGGCGAGAAGCUGAAGACGGAGGAGGCCGGCAGGACCACCGAGAAGAAGGGGGGCAAGGAGGAGAGGGUGAGGGAGGUGGGUUACCGCCUCAUGUUCCAGAGGUUCCUAUGGCUCGUGGGUGGUGGGCGGCCGAAGGAGCCCCUGGAGGAAGAAGGCGAGAUGUUUAAGGUGAAAGAGACCGGCAAGUUCACCGAGAAGAAGGGGGAGAGGGAGGUGGAUUCCCUCCUCAAGUUCCAGGGGUCCCAAUGGCUCGAGGGUGGUGGACGUCAGAGUAGCAGCAGCAGCAGCGACGACGACGAUGACUGGGACCUCAACACGUCGGGAUUGCCGCACUCGUUCGCCCAGCAGUUUCACUUUGAGGAUCAGAAUCUUUUUCUUGCUCUGUUCUGUAUCGCUCGCUUCCUGCAAUUCUCCCUGCGGCGUUUGAUUCCAGAAGAGCGGCGGAGGUUCCGGCGCAAACUGCGCGAGAUCCCGCUCGAGGAGGGCUUCCUCCGCAUCCCUGAUGUGGCGCUGCACAAGGCAGGCGCCCCUCACCUCCGAGACCUGCUGCUCAGCUACUACGGCGGAGUUUACGCCAUUGAGGUGGCGGCCAAAGUACUGAGCACCCUGGGCCGGAAGCUAGAGGUGGACAAGCUCCUCUUCUCGGUCAGGGAAGAGUACAGUGCUAUGUCCCAUGGUAUGCAGAGGAAUGUACGAAAGAACAUUGUGUGGUCACUGGAAGGAGUCGUUAUCACUGGUGAUGAGAUGUUCUGCAAGGGAAGAAAAGAAUUACUUGAAAUUAUUGAAAAGGACGUAGGAUUCUUUAUAGGUUUAUUAAGCUAUGGCUUUAUUAUCACACGGAAAGAAUACUGGGAUUUCUGGAAAGCAGGGGAAGACUCCAAGGAGAAAAGUCAAAAAUUGCUGAAUAUGAUCCAGGAAAGGGGGGAGGCAACUUGUUGCUGGUUCCUGGAAGAAGUAGAAAGGAAACAUCCAGGCUCCAUUCAGAUUCUGCUAGUUGCAGUCCAUGGCUCAGGUAAAAAAUUGGUCCAGGGGAGAGGCCCCUCAGGGCUGAAGUCAGAAUCCCCCCUGUUUGCGGAGGAAGGAAGAAGCAGCAAGGUGGAAAACCCAGCAGUUUGUGGGGAAAGUGUUGUGUGUAAUCUGUGUCCCUGUGAGCAGGAUCUUCCAGAGACAAUCAGACCAGAGGUGUUUUUGGACUCAGAAACAAGUCAUGAAAGUUACAGACUGUGCUUCACGAAGGCCGGAUCCUUCCUUUGCUUUUAUACUGAUGUCAUAUUUGAGGUGAGAGGAGCUGUGACCAUCACCUACCACUUUGAUUCAUGGUCUAAGCACCUGGCCGAACAGAACACGGAGGACUGGGUUGUCGCUGGGCCUUUGAUCAACAUUGAAGCAGAUCCAGCAGAGGCUGUGGCAGCUGUUCACUUCCCUCACUUCUUGUGUCUUGCAGGCAAAAGUGAUUCCCAAGUCCACAUUGCACAUUUUGUGGAAGGGGGGAUGAGUCUAGAGAAGCCAGACAGAGUGGGGCCGUAUCAUGUUGUGCUGGAAAACCCAAACUUCUCUCCCCGUGGAGCCAUUUUGAGAACGUCAUGGUCAUGGUUUAAGCGAAAGAUAAAGGUCCACACUGUAGCACUGCUCUAUCAAAUGCUUCGAUUCAGCUCACCAAAAUUCCACCUGUAUCUCCUACCCAAUGACUCUUCUCUGAGAAAGGCGGUUCAUGAGCACGAAGCACAAUGCCCUUCACAAAGAAUAGACAAACCCCCCGGGACCCUGAGGCCUCUGACGAUUGGCUGCCACUUCUUUGUGGAGACAAAUGAUGUCAGAGUCUGUCCCAAGGAAGUGGAGUUUCAAUAUCUGGAUGCUGACAAGCUGCAGCAGUAUGUGGAACUGUUUGCUCAGCAAAUGCAAGACAUGUUCAACUUCAGUGUGAUGGAGAAGCCCAAGAAUGAACUCAUCUGGGAGGCCCUUGUGACACAAGAAGAGUUAAAGUCUCCUGAGAUGACGUCUUCUCCUUCAAGCUCAGAGCAAGGUGCUUGUUGCUUCACUAUGUCCCAUGCUGCAUCAGGACAUAGUGUGGAAAGCAGAGCGAUGAAGAAGACCAUCAGAGACCACCUGGUGUUCACCCUGGAGAACCUGAGGGAGGAUGAUCUCAACAGGUUCAAGUUCAAGCUCAGUGAACUCCCCAUUGCAGAGUGCUUUGACAACAUACCCCAAGGGCCACUGGAGAAAGCGAAUGCCAUGGAACUGAGCCGACUCCUGCUGGGUUUCUACAUGGAGGAUUAUGCUGUGCAGGUGACAGUUGAUGUGCUCAAUGCCAUCAACUGCAGGGAUGAGGCAGAGAGGCUCCUCAGCCUUUUCCUGGCAGGGCCGCAGUUUCCAAACUCUUCCAACGUGCACUUCAUUGAGCGGCACAGGGAGGCGCUAAUCCAACGGACCACCCCAGCGGAACCGGUGCUGGAUAGAUUGUAUGGCUCCGUCCUCAGUGAGGAGCAAUACCAAAGAAUCAUUGCCCAGAAAACUAACCCAGAGAAGAUGCGAGAGCUCUACAGGCUUGUGCCAAGCUGGGACCUCCGGUGCAAGGAUAUGCUGUAUGAGGCUCUGAAGGCCAAAAACCCACAUCUCAUGAAAGACUUGGAAGGGCAAUGAGGCACCAAGGGAAGGCAGAAGGCAAGACCCCUUUCAAGGCAUUUUAUUUAUAAAAUAAAGUGCAUAUUAAAACACUUGUUAGCUUUAGCUCUCUGAGCAGGCCUGUCUCAACAAAUAAGUUGUUUCACAUUCUGAGGAUAUUUUUCCAGAGG